AUGAGUUCUGAUAAUAUAUUAUCAAUUCCUGAUCUAAUUGCUAAGAAACGUGAUGGCUUAGAACUUAAUCCAGAGGAAAUACAACAAUUUAUAGGUGGAAUUAAAACUCGUGACGUUCAAGAUUGUCAUGCCGGUGCUAUGCUUAUGGCAAUGUUUCUUAAAGGCAUGACUGAGGGUGAAAUUUGUUCAUUGACUACGUCUAUGCGUGAUAGUGGUGAACGUUUAAAAUGGCCACAAUUUCGUGGUUUAGUUGUUGAUAAACAUUCAACAGGUGGUAUAGGUGAUAAAAUAAGUAUUCCAUUAGCACCAGCAUUAGCUGCAUGUCAAUUAAAAGUACCAAUGAUGUCAGGUAGAGGUUUAGGUAUAACUGGUGGUACAUUAGAUAAACUUGAAUCAAUACCUGGUUAUCGAACACAAUUAACAGAUGAACAAAUUGUUAAAUUAAUUUCAACAGUUGGUUGUGGAAUAUUUUCUCAAUCACCUAAAUUAAAUCCAGCUGAUCGUUAUUUAUAUUCAAUACGUGAUGUUACAGCAACUGUAUCAAGUAAUGCAUUAAUUAUAUCAUCAAUAUUAUCAAAAAAAGCUGUUGAAGAUCUUGAUGCACUUAUUCUUGAUGUUAAAUAUGGUAUAUCAGCAGUGAUGAAAACACCUGAACUAGCAGAAAAUUUAGCUCAUUCCUUAUAUAAAGUAUCAGAAAUGCUUGGAAUCAGAACAUAUUGUUAUAUAACUGAAAUGAAUAAUCCAAUUGGAUAUUGUAUUGGAAAUGCCAUUGAAAUUCAAGAAUCAAUUGAUCUUAUGAAAUAUAAAUCAGGUCAUUCAAAUGAUUUAGAAGAAUUAGUUUGUGAACAAGGUGGUCGACUUCUUUUACUUACAGAUAAAGUAAAAACAAUUGAACAAGGUCGAGAAAUGAUUCGUGAAACAUUUAAAAAUGGAUCAGCUUUACAAAAAUUUCAUGAUAUGAUUAUUGGUCAAGGUGUAUCAGAAACUAUUGCAAAACAAUUAAUAAGUGAUGAUGAAAGUAUUAUUGGAUCUAUUUUAAAACUUGGUGAUGUACAUUAUCAAGGUAUAUCAUCAGAUACUGGAUUUAUUCAAUCAAUUGAUUCAUUUAAACUUGGUACUAUUGUUCAACGUCUUGGUGGUGGACGUUUAAAAUCAACAGAUAAACUUGAUUAUUCUGUUGGUAUUCGUCUGUUAAAACAUGUUGGUGAUCCUAUUCAACAAAAUGAACCAUGGGCUAUAUUAUAUGCUGAUACUGAUGCCACGCAACGUUAUCCAAAAGUUUUAGAUGAUUUAACUACAUCACUUAUUGUUUCUUCAUCAUCAGUCGAACCUUUACAACGUAUUUAUAAAGUUAUCGGAUCAACAUAA